GAGCAAUGGGUGUAUUGAUUGGAUGGAUGACUUCUGGACAGUUCAAGUCAGUCCCUAAGAUUUUAAUGGAAUUGCCUGCUGCUGAGAAGCAGAAACUCUGUGCUGAAGCCGUGGCUGUUGUCAAGUACUUUGACUGGACUGGUCCUCGUCAGCUGAUUGAACUUGUAAUGUCAAAUUCUAUUCUCAGAGCCAAUGUAUUGGAAGUGCUGACCACUUACCUUACCAAGGAUUUAGACGCACGAGUAAAAUAUGGAAAAUGAUCCCCUCCAGAGCAGGAUUUUUAUACUGGAAUGCAUUUUACUCUCCUGACUCUGAAUCUUCAAUGCAACAAUUUCAAGUGUUCAGUACUAAUUACAAAUAUAUGCUGAUCGAAGUAAUUUUGGGUUGUUCAGUUUUGUUGUUUGGGGGUUUUUAAAUUUUUAUCAUUCUUGUUAUCAUUUUUGAUUCAUGUGGAUUUGUAAGGAUAGUAUUAGGUUACUGCAUUAUCCUGACACCGACUUGCUAUGAAAUUUUGGAUUGCUCUGCACUAGGACCAGUUCAAAUCACUGAAGGGAAUCAUGCUGCCCUUAGGCUACUGUGUCACUUGUGAAAAUUUUCAAAGUCCUUUUGUUUUAUUUCAGAGACUUGAUUCUGUUUGUUUAAGUGCUUUAAUUUUUUUUCCCUGUGUAUGACAUGUAAGGUGCCAGAGCAGCUGGGGCACUUUGAAGAAUUUUACCUGUUGUUUGUUUCAGCCCUGCAAAGGAAAAUUUUAUGAGGAAGUACAUUACUGUGAACUCAAAAGACUCAAUCUGUACUUUGUUUCUCUCUUUUUUAUUGUAAUUCUUGAGUUAUCUUUUUAUGUAAGAAGGGAAGUAAAUUCUUAAACAAGAUUUCAAGUAACAGGAAAACAAACUGUGAACACUUUCAAUUCAAUUUUCACCAGGUUCCUGUGCCCUAGGAUGGGAGGGUGUGGCAUGAAAAACAUGGGGAGCUGAAUCUGCCAGUUUUGUCUGAGCCCCAGGAUGAAGGUUGUCAUUUGAGCAUUGGUUUCUUGCUUGAGUCUGUACAGCUGGUCCUUGGUUUUCAUUAAAAUCUUAAGGAGAA